AUGGAGAGGGAUAGGCAGAGGUUAGUGAGAGAAGAAGGGGAUAGGAGAGAAAUGGAGAGGAAGGAGGAAAGAGAGAAGGCCGAGAAGGCGGAGAAGGAUAGGAUCAGGAAGGAGGUUGAGAGACGCGAGGAGGAGAGGAAGGAAAGGGAGAGAUUGGAGUUUGAGCGUCAACUUUUGGCGCAGCACUCCAGAAGAAGCAGCUUAGAAAGGUCUCCACCGGCAGCUAGGCAGAAGAUCAGGAAAGAGAAGAGGUCAGAAGAGUCGGCGUCAGGUACAGAAGGAGGGGAAACGACUGCGGAAGAGAAUAAGAAGAGGAAGGUGAGAGAAGAGAGUCCACCGAAGAUGAAGAAGAAGACAAGAAGCAACAAGCCACCAGAAGAAGAAGAAUCAGAUGAAAUGGAGAUAGGUGAAGAGAAGGCGCCGGAGAGAAGAGUCUAUCAGGUGAUUAAGAAAAUGGAGAGCUGGCUGGAGAGGCAGGCGAAACAGAAGACCGUGAGCAAGGUCCAGCUGGGAGAGAUGCUAAGGUUAGUGGGAGAGAUGAGGAAGGAAGUGAAGGAGAUGGAGCUAGAGAAGGCAAGGUUAGAAGGAAGAGUUGAGCAAAGGAGAGAAAUAUUAGGAAUGCUGAGAGAGAUGGUGAAAGAGGGAGGAAUGAGUGAAGGAGUAGGGAGAGUAGAGGAAGGAGUGUCUUUCGCGCAAGUUGUGAGGGAUGAAAGGAAGGAGAGGAAGAGGAACCCGGUCGUGACAGGCACCAGAAGGGAGCCGGUAAAGGCGCCGAACGUGGUGAUAGUUAGGAAGGAGGGGAAGGAAAGCGAGGAGGUGAGGAAGAAAAUGAAGGAGGUGAUAGAUCCGAGAAGAGAAGGGAUAAAUGUCAGAAGGAUGACCAAGAUAAACAACGGUAAGGCUCAAAGGAAGUAG